AUGGUUUCCAAUAAGAAAAUACUUUAUUCAGUAAUUCUAUCAUUAUUUAUAUUGGAAGAAAUUUUUCAAAUUGUUGGAUUGGGUACUUGUAUUUGUUUACUACUUGAUUUGGAAGUAAUUUAUAUAGUAGUCAGUUCAUCAUUGGAACAAUCUAUCUUUUACUUGUCAAUUGCUGCUUGUGUCAAUUGCCAAUGUUUUAUUACAAAGAUUUUAAAUCAAUUAUUCUUUAACAAAUCACAUGAAUGGAUGAGAAUGAAUAAGAAGAGACACUAUAUUUCACGAUUUAUCACAAUAUUGAGCAUUUCGCUGAUUGUAACAGUCAACUUGAUUUUCGUAAUAAUUGUUGGUUUUGUAAUCUCUUCAAAUAUAUUCAGAUAUUAUGACGCUGACAGGAAGCUAUUGUCUGAAACGGAUUUUCUUAUUUUCAAACAAGUUGGUGAAGCCAUGUUUGGACUUUACAUUUCAAUUACAAGUUUAGUAACAAUUUAUUACUCAUUACUAAAUAUGGCUAUUGUUGUGUUGCUUAUCAGAAAGUUAUUACUCAAUCAAAAGUUUCCAAUCACAGAGCAACGUAAGAAAUCAUGUAGAAAUUUGCUUUUAUUAACAUUUGGCCAACUUUAUAUGGCAAUUUUCAAUUUGAUUUCAUUGAUAGUAGGAUCUGCUGCAUUUGGAAUAUUUAUUCAGAUUUAUCCCGUAUGCAUUCUUUUCCACAAAAUAACCUUGUUAUCAUUUUGUGUUUUUGUAACGUUUUCAUUUGGUCCUUUGGAUAAUAUCAUGAUAGAAAUUAGAGCUAGCUCAAAUGAUACUGUUGAAACCAUUAAAAGAGAUGCCAAAUCUCAAGCAGCUGUGAAUACUGUAGAUAUUGUUCGAAAGGAGGAAUUCAGAGUAGAUUCUAUAAAAUCUGAAAUUUCUCACUGGACUCCAUCUAUUAGAAACGAAACUCCAAUCCUGAUUGAUCCCACAAACGAAUUUACAGAAAUUCCACUUUGGGAAACACCCAAUAGGAAUCAAUUUUAA